AUGUUCCGCAACUCGUACGACUCGGACAACACCACCUUUUCGCCGCAGGGCAAGCUGCACCAGGUCGAGUAUGCGCUCGAGGCCGUCAAGCAGGGCAGUGCGGCCAUCGGACUCCGUUCCUCGACCCACGCCGUGCUUCUCACCCUCAAGCGUAGCACCGGCGAGCUCGCAACGUACCAGAAGAAGCUGAUCGACAUUGACGACCAUGUCGGUAUUGCGAUUGCCGGACUGACCAGCGACGCGCGUGUGCUGAGCAACACGAUGCGCCAGCAGGCCAUGCAGAGCCGCAUGCUGUACGGCCGUCCCGUCCCCGUCGCUCGUAUCGUCCAGACCAUUGCCGACAAGGCGCAGAACAACACGCAGAUGUACGGACGGCGGCCGUACGGUGUCGGCUUCCUCGUUAUCGGACAGGACGAAACCGGUCCUCACCUGUACGAGUUCUCGCCCUCAGGCACCGCAUUCGAGUACUACGCCCACUCGAUCGGCGCGCGCUCGCAGAGUGCCAAGACCUAUCUCGAGAAGAACUAUGAGUCGUUCAAGACCUCCGACCUUCCCUCCAUCAUCAACCACGGCCUCUCGGCGCUGGCGGACACGCUGCAGCAGGACAAGCACCUCACGGUGGCGAACACUGCGCUUGCGAUCAUCGGGCCCGCUGACGAGGGUAUCGAGGCGCUCGAGGGCCCCGGAUCGGGCGCGGUCCGCCGCGGCGCGUUCCGCGUGUACGAGAAUGAGCGCAUGGACUCGAUCCUGCGUGCGUGGCGCCGUUCGCGCGGCGAGCCUGAGGACGGACCGCAGGAGGAGGCAGAGGCAGAGGCAGAGGCGGCGGCUGCGCCUGCCGCAGCGGACGCGCCGGCCGAGGGGACAGGAAUGGACGUGGACAUCGAUAGGUUCUAG